UAAUCACUGGAAUGUUUGUUAUUAUUUUGAUUUUGAAAAAUAAAAAUAAUCAUGAUUUUGCGACGAAAAUUCUCGUUAAUUAAACUAAAGCAAACUAUCAGAUUAUGCUCACAGAAAUCAAAUCAGCUGUUGAAUGAUCAAUUAAGGAUCAGCGCAUAUCAACCUUCAAGAAUCGAAGAUGUAGAGAUAUCUCAGGUAUCCAGCAAUGUCAAUGAAAACAAAAGGUAUUCAAUGAUAUUUCCACCACCAAAUAUUACGGGAAACUUACAUUUAGGGCAUGCAUUAACUGCAACAAUUCAGGAUGUCAUUGUGAGAUGGAAAAGGAAACAAGGAAGUGAGAUACAGUGGAUUUUUGGAACUGAUCAUGCUGGAAUUGCUACACAAGUCGUUGUGGAGAAGAUACUUCAUAAGAAAUAUGGAAAAACAAGGCAUGAAAUUGGUAGAGAAGAAUUCCUCAGAGAAAUUUGGAAUUGGAAGCUUGAAAAAGACUGUUCUAUUAAGGAUGACUUAAAAAAAUUAGGCACAACAUUUAAUUGGGAUAAAGAAUAUUUUACACUAGAUCCUAAUCUCAGUAAAGCUGUAAAUGAAGCAUUUAUAAGAUUAUUUGAAAGGAACUUAAUUUAUAGAGAUAAUUCAUUAAUUAAUUGGAGUUGUGCAUUAGAAUCAGCAAUUUCAGAUAUUGAAGUUGAGAAUUUAGAUAUUACAGGAACAACUCAAAUAGUAGUUCCAAAUUAUGAUAAAAAUGUCACUGUCGGUGUUUUAACUGAUUUUGCAUAUAAAAUUGUCGAUUCCGAUGAUGAAAUUGUCGUGUCUACAACUCGUCCAGAAACAAUGCUUGGAGAUACAGCUGUCGCAGUUCAUCCAAAUGACUCACGAUAUUCUCAUCUCACAAAUAAGAAACUUUAUCAUCCGUAUAGAAAUGAUUUAAUUCCGUUAAUCUUCGAUGAGUCUGUUGAUCCAAAUUUUGGAACUGGAGCUGUUAAAGUCACUCCUUCACAUGAUAAAAAUGAUUUUGAAAUGGGAAAGAGACAUAAAUUGCCAAAUAUUAAUGUAAUUAAUGAGAAUGGAUCAAUAGCUGAUAACUUUUUACACUUUAGUGGUCUUCCACGUUUUGAAGCUCGUGAAGUCAUCCUUAAUGAUUUAGCUAAUUUACAGCUCCUUCGUGGAUCUAAAUCUCAUAACAUGGUACUUCCAAUAUGCUCAAGAUCAAAAGAUAUUGUUGAAUUCUUGAUUAAACCUCAAUGGUACGUAAAAUGUAAAGAACUAUCGAGUAAAGCAGUAAAUGCUGUUGAGACUGGAGAUAUAAAAAUAAUCCCUAAUAUUUUUGAGAAAGAAUGGUACAAAUGGUUGACAAAUUGUCGAGAUUGGUGUAUAUCAAGGCAACUUUGGUGGGGACAUCAGAUUCCAGCAUAUAAAUUUACCAACAUUGAAAAUGACAGAGAAAUUUGGAUAGCUGCACAUUCACAAGACGAAGCAGAGAUAAAAUUUAAGCAGAAUAAUAAUUUCAUUGAUUAUAAAGUCACAAGAGAUCAAGACGUACUUGAUACUUGGUUUUCAUCCGGUUUACUGUCAUUUACAGUAUUUGAUUGGCCAAACAGCAAUAAUGACGGUUUUAAAAAUUAUUUUCCAUUAAAUUUAAUGGAAACUGGACAUGAUAUUUUAUUCUUUUGGGUCGCAAGAAUGGUAAUGCUUUCAAUUGAAUUAACUGGUCAAGUUCCAUUCAAAGAGAUUCUUUUACAUGGAAUUAUGUGCGAUUCAUUUGGUCGAAAAAUGUCAAAAAGCCUUGGAAAUGUUAUUCUACCUGAACAAGUUAUAAAAGGUGCUUCAUUGGAUGAUUUAAGAAAAGAAACAGAAAAGUCUGUUGAAAAAGGAAUUUUAAGUAAAACGGAACUAGAAAAAACUAUUCAAGGCCAGAAGAAAAUGUUUGUGAAUGGAAUUCAAGAAUGUGGAGUUGAUGCCUUAAGAUUUACUCUUUGUUCACAAAAUACUAAGCAACAUUUUAUUAAUUUUGAUGUCAAUGAAUGCGUCACUAAUAAGUUGUUCUUUAAUAAAAUAUGGCAAGCAACAAAAUAUGCCAUUAAUUACGCUGAAGUUAAAAAUAUUAAAGUAAAAGAAAUUAAAGAUAUAGAUCAUGGAAAGUUAUCGACUAUAGAUUUGUGGAUACUCAGUAGAUUAGGAAACACUAUCAAAACAGUAAGGCAUGCAAAUGAUGACUAUAACUUCCAUUUAUCAACAUCAGCGCUUAAAAACUUUUUCUACAAUAAUUUUUGUGACAUUUACCUUGAAACAACCAAAAAUGAUCUAAAGGAACUUGAUUUCGGCAUUGCUUCAGCAAAAAUUCUUAACUUAUGCCUGUCAGUUGGAUUAGAUUAUCUGGAAAUAUUCACGCCUUAUUUGGUUAAAGAACUGAGGAAUUAUUUGCCUGAAAAUGUUCAAUUUGAUGCUGAAAAGUAUGUUAAUAACGAGCUAGAAAAUCAAGUUAAAGAGCUUCUUGACAUUUGUGCGAGUAUACGAGAAGCUAAAUCACAUUUAAAGCUGACAAAGAAGCAUAAAUGCUUAAUUAUAAUUCAUGCGGAAAAUCCAGAAAAUUCAAAGUUCCUUAACGACAAUUUAAUUCACAUGCUGCAUCUGACAUUCAGCGAUAAUAUGGAAAUAAUAACAGAUAGAUCAAUAUUUGAUAGUAGGAAGUUGGACAUGACAUUAACUGCCAAUCACAUGUGCUCAUUCGGUAUCAAAAUAAUGGAGCCACGUGAUAAAUCGAGUCUAUCAGAUGAAGCAAUAAACACAAAGAAACUUAAAAAAUUAGAAGAUGAGCUGUUAAACAUGCUUAAUGUUGUUUCUAAAGAUGGAUAUAAAGAGAAAGCCAAUGAAAAGGUUCAGGAGAAACAUAAUAAUAAGAUUGAAAAGCUGAAAUUAGAGAUAGACAAUAUCAAGCAAAUAAGCAGGAAAUAGCGCCAAUGAUUAAAUUUCAUAGAAUAAACAAUUUGACAGAAUAAAAUCAUUUUAUUAAACAUAAUUCUAAUAAUUGACUGAUAUUUUCAGAUAGAAACUUUAUGUCAUUUAAGUGCUUAUUAAUCCAUGUAUUCUCAAUUAAAAUUAAUUCAUUUAAAUUUUCCAUUUCACUUAUAAAUGAAAGUUUUAUACUUUCAAUUCGAUUAAAAGACAUGUCGAUAUAUUGAAGCUUUUUUGGAAAAUUUUCUGAAAUUAUUUUAAUUCUAUUUUCU